CUCAUAAGAGCAUCAUUAAUAGUAGUAAUGAAAAUAAUGGUAAGAGCAAUACAUCUCAUCAUCUAGAAAAAAAAUGUGCAGUUUUAAAGUAUAAAGCAGGUGAGGUUCAGGAUCUAUUUGCUAGAGUCGCAGUCCGUUUAGUCCCACACACCGGAAGAGGGUCUAACGGCUUCGUAAGUAACGGGCAGGGUAACAAACGGAAGCUGUGGUGGUGGUGUGGUGGCCUGACUUCCGGUUGCGUUUCGCUGGCGGGGAGAGAUUGCGGAAGGACGCCUGGUCGGCCCAAGAUGCCGAAUAUCAAGAUCUUCAGCGGCAGCUCCCACCAGGACCUAUCUCAGAAGAUCGCCGACCGCCUGGGCCUGGAGCUGGGCAAGGUCGUGACCAAGAAAUUCAGCAACCAGGAGACGUGCGUGGAGAUUGGCGAGAGCGUGCGGGGAGAGGACGUGUACAUCGUCCAGAGCGGCUGCGGCGAGAUCAACGACAGCCUCAUGGAGCUCCUGAUCAUGAUCAACGCCUGCAAGAUCGCCUCAGCCAACCGCGUCACCGCCGUCAUCCCCUGCUUCCCCUACGCCCGGCAGGACAAGAAGGACAAGAGCCGCGCGCCCAUCUCGGCGAAGCUGGUGGCCAACAUGCUGUCCAUCGCAGGCGCCGACCACAUCAUCACCAUGGACCUGCACGCGUCUCAGAUUCAGGGCUUUUUCGACAUCCCCGUCGACAAUUUGUACGCUGAGCCAGCUGUGCUCAAGUGGGUGCAGGAGAACAUUGCCGAAUGGAGGGACUGCACCGUCGUGUCUCCGGACGCGGGCGGAGCCAAGAGGGUCACCUCCAUUGCCGACCGCCUGAAUGUGGACUUUGCCUUGAUUCACAAAGAACGCAAGAAGGCCAACGAAGUGGACCGCAUGGUGCUGGUGGGCGACGUGAAGGACCGGGUGGCCAUCCUUGUGGAUGACAUGGCUGACACCUGUGGGACAAUCUGCCAUGCAGCUGACAAAUUAGUCUCCGCAGGAGCCACCAGCGUGUAUGCCAUCUUGACUCACGGAAUCUUUUCUGGCCCAGCCAUCGCUCGCAUCAAUAGUGCAUGCUUUGAAGCAGUCGUGGUCACCAAUACCAUACCUCAGGAGGAGAAGAUGAAGCAGUGCCCCAAGAUACAGGUGAUCGACAUCUCUAUGAUCCUUGCUGAAGCCAUCCGGAGAACUCACAAUGGGGAAUCCGUUUCCUAUCUGUUCAGCCAUGUUCCUUUGUAA